CGUGCAUGCGCAGUGCGGGCGCCUGGUCCUGGUCGCUCGGUCGGUGACCGGGAAGCGGAGGAGGAAGAAGAGGUAGAAGAGGAAGAGGCCGCCGGAGACCCGCCUGAGCAAGAUGGCGGACGCCGGCCGGCCGCAGCGGAAGAUGUCACGGGCCGGAGAGAGUUUGUACUGCAUCCUGGGCCUGGAGAAAGGAGCUUCCCCUGAGGACAUCAAGAAGGCCUACAGGAAACUGGCCUUGAAGUACCACCCGGACAAGAACCCGGAGAAUCCCGAAGCCGCGGAGAAGUUCAAGGAGAUCAACAGCGCCAACAGCACCCUCAGCGACGAGAACAAGCGGCGGAUCUACGACGAGUAUGGUUCCAUGGGGCUCUACGUCUCGGAGCAGUUUGGGGAGGAGAGCGUCAAGUACUACUUCCUCAUGUCGAAAUGGUGGUUCAAGCCCCUGAUGGUGUGCUGCAGCCUCCUCUCCUGUUGCUGCUGCUGCUGCUGCUGUUGCUUCUGCUGUGGGAAGUGCCGCCCCCCAGAGGAGGAGGAGCCCUACAAGUACGUCAACCCUGAAGACCUGGAGGCCCAGAUCCGUGCCGAAAACGAAGCAGGCGGCGGAGACGCCAUCCGGAUGCAGCCCACAGCCAGCGCCUCCUUGCACACCACAGACGAGACACAGCGGCCACACAAGCCCUGACCUAGUUCGGCUGACGGUCAGAGCACAGCCCCCCCCUCUUCUGCAGCCAUUCCAGAGACCACCCCCGGGCCCACAUGGCUGCGUCAGGCCUGCCGCUGCACUCUGGGGCAGAGAGACCCCCACCCCCCACCCCGGAGGUCCUUGCCAAAUGCAGGGCGGCCACACGCCUGAGCGACCGCCCCACCGCCAUUGGGAAUCUUCUCAGGGAACGUGGCUGAGGGCACAGCAGAGGAGGAGGAGGAGGAGAGCAACUUCCAGCCUCGCAGGACGCCGGCGGGGGCCAGAGAAGUGGCCCCCCUCCAGUUCAGGGUUGGCAGAAGAUGUCACCUGCUGCCUGCCCACCCACUUUUUCCGAACGCUUUCUGACCCCCGGCUCUUUCCUUGGCCAAAGGCUCCUGCUUCCCAAGGCCAGGCAGCCGCUGUGGGGCAGGGCUGGAGGUUCCCUGUUGAAGCUGGCUCUCUCCUGCUGGGGAAGGGGGGUUGUGGGGCUUCCCACCUCACUGGCCCUGCCCCCCUUUUGCCCUGUGCAUUGGUGCCAAAGUGCAUUUGUGGGGCCAAUGCAAGUGAGCCCCUGCCUCCCCCCCUAGCUGGUGGGGCUGGGGGCUCCCUCCCCCUCUGCCCUGAGCUGCAGCUGCUCUGGGGGGGAUUCAAUCACUGUGCAGAAGGAGCCUGGUCCCGUCCCCCCCAGUUCCCUCCCUGGCCCUGCUGUGGGGCAGCCCCCUCUCGGGCAGCGCCCCUCUCUCUCCACACUGUGACAAGGAACUUCUCUAGGGUUUAUGGACGCAAUUAAAUGUUUCUGAAGGAAGGAGCCGCUGUUUCUAUGCUGUCAGUCUGCCUCUGGGGCGUCUUGCUGAAGGGGCGAGUCGGAAGGGACGCCCCCCCCCCAAGGGGGCAGGAAUCCCAUCUGAAGCUUCGCCGAGGGACCUCUGCUUGAAAACCUCCAAGGAAGGACAGCCUGCUGCCUCCUGAGGGAGCUGUUGCCGUCCGGAUGUCCUCCCUCAGAGCGCAGUUUUCCUAGAGAAGCCCAGGAAGUCGGAAAAUUCAGGAUAGAGAGAGGGAGCUCCUUCUCCACAGAGUUCAACAAUGGAUCUCACUUUCGCAGGAGGUUGGGGCGACAGAUGGAGUCGCAAGGGCAGCAACUGCCCACCAGGGGGUGCCCCUCUCUCCCAGCCUGUUUCCCACCCACCCACCCACCCAUCAAAGGAGGGCCUAGGUGGGAGGGGGCUUGAGAGGGGGAGGCCCCUGUGGGGCAGGGACGUGGGGAGGUCAGUGGCCAUGGGGGGGGGGGCUUGGCAGCCCUGUCCUUGCCAAGGCUGAGCAUUCCACCGGUUGAGUAUUUUGGGAGCCUUGAUUUAAUGAGGAGUGGGCAGUUCGUCAGGGGCCCACAUGGUCUGCAUGGCCUUGGUGGCCACCCAAGGGUGCCGUUGGUGGGGAGGCCGGCAGACCUUUCCCUGGGCCCAGGGAGAGGCGUCUUGCCCCUGGCCACCCUUCCCUGCUUCCAUACUUUUUUUUAAUUAAAAAUAAUAAUACAUAAAUGCACAGUAUUUAAUUUCCAAUGUCUCUGGCCUGGUUGUGGGGAGAGGUCCUCCAGCUGCUGUCCAGGCGGACAAGAGCGCCCCCCCCCCCCGUGUGCCUGCAGUUGGGGGAAUUGCAAGGAGCACUCCUCUUGUGGGGUGGGGGGAGCGGCCUUUCCUGAGGGUCCAGAAAGCACAGGGAACCCCCAGAGGAAUAGCAAAGUGAGCUGCAUUGGGGGGGGGCUCUGGGGGGAGGGCGUUGCAUUGUCAUUUUCACUUGACCCUGUCUGUCCCUCUAGUAGAUGCCCGAGGCCGGCCUCAUGGCCUAAAUAUAGAGGGAGCAGCUGGGGGGGUGGAGGUGCAGCGAAGCCUCUUUCUCCCAGCCCACUUGGGAGCCAGGAGCUGCUUCUCCUGGGACUGAGUCUCUUGGGAGCCAACCAGUAAGGGGAAGCCUUGGGGCUGGGGCUGCCUUUCGCUCAUUCGCACACACGCAGAAUCCCAACCCUCGUCAACGUUUCUUGCUCUAAACCGAUUGGGAUCCAUUGUGUUUUGCCACUGGGUCCGUUGUGUGGAAAGUUUGCAGUGUUUGGGACUUUUCACCUUAGAGAAAAGGCGAGGAAGAGGGGACACAAUCGCAGUUGAGAGAAUUCUGCACAACAUAGAAUCAUAGAAUCAUAGAGUUGGAAGAGACCACAAGGGCCAUCCAGUCCAACCCCCUGCCAAGCAGGAAACACCAUCAAAGCAUUCUUGACAGAUGGCUGUCAAGCCUCUGCUUAAAGACCUCCAAAGAAGGAGACUCCACCACACUCCUUGGCAGCAAAUUCCACUGCCAAACAGCUCUUACUGUCAGGAAGUUCUUCCUAAUGUUGAGGUGGAAUCUCCUUUCUUGUAGUUUGAAUCCAUUGCUCCAUUACAACAUGGAGUUUGAAGCUCCUGUCGUGAUACCCGUUUCAUACUUUUUGACCUGGCAAGAUAUCACACAUCAUGGGGGGGGGGAAUGUUUGUGUGCUAUGCAAAAAUCAGCAUGUGGGAGAAACUGAAGGCACCUCUCCAUGGCUCCAUCCUUACUUCAGACAUUGUCAUAUAUCAAUGCAUCACAAUGUUUGGUCCAGUCUUGACCGACUCUGGGGUUGCGCGCUCAUCUCGCAUUAUUGGCCGAGGGAGCCGGCGUAUAGCUUCCAGGUCAUGUGGCCAGCAUGAUUAAGCUGCUGCUGGUAAACCAGAGCAGCGCACGAAAACACCGUUUGCCUUCCCGCCGGAGCGGUACCUAUUUAUCUACUUGUACUUUGAUGCGCUUUCAAACUGCUAGGUUGGCAGGAGCUGGGACCGAGCAACGGGAGCUCACCCCGUCGCGGGGAUUCGAACCGCCGACCUGAUCGGCAAGCCCUAGGCCAGGCAUCCCCAAACUUCAGCCCUCCAGAUGUUUUGGCCUACAACUCCCAUGAUCCCUAGCUAACAAGACCAGUGGUCAGGGAAGAUGGGAAUUGUAGUCCAAAACCUCUGGAGGGCUGAAGUUUGGGGAUGCCUGCCCUAGGCUCUGUGGUUUAACCCACAGCACCACCCGUGUCCCAUCACAAUGUUUAGCUGGUGAUAAAUCACAAUGUUGGGAUCCAGACAUGGGAAGAAUCCUAUUGCUCCAGGGUGAGGCUUCCUACCCAGAUGAUCCCCUGGAUCAAAGUGUCUCGGACAGCCGAGCUGGGAAGAGACCCCCUUCUGCCCAGCACCCGGGAGGGUCGAUGGCCUGCGUCUGUGGGAGGUCCCUCCUGUCGUGUCUGCAAUGGCUUUGCCUUCCAGAUGUUUUGGGUCACAGCCCCCAUCAACCUCAGGCAGCACAGCCCUAAGACUAGUUUUAAUUCAAAAAUCUGGAGGGCGCCAGGAUGGUGAAGGCAGGCUUAGCUAUUUCUUAUAUAUUGACAU